UUUGCUAAUUGCCUGCAGGCGUCCGGGAUACUCGUCUCGCCCCACACGCUUACAGCGUCCCGUGUGAUCAUGUUCGUUUCACUGUUUUGCUUUACCAUACUAGCGCUAGCUAGAGCGGAAUCUUUCUGUAGUGACAACGUGCGAUGGGCGCAUCGGUUGAACAUAGUAAACGCUUACGGGGUGUGGCACGGCGUCGCCUUCGCGCAGCACACCCCUGACAUGACCAACAAGCCCAUGGACGUGGGCUGCGUCACCCUUUAUAUCAGCGAUGCUACUGGCGAUUACCAAUUCGAUUGGCUCGAUUGGAGUGCGAGACAAAGAUACAACGCCAGCAACUGGUGGUCUCUCGGCAGCAACCCGUGGAGCUCCCCGCCAGGCCCGUUGUACCAGUCGCGCCGGCGGCGGGACCUCUCCCAGCAGCGGCGCAUCCGCGUGUUGUGGGACGAGGACGGCGAGACCAUGGAGCAGACCUACGACUACUCGCCCGAGGACCCGGGCCUGUGGACCGUCGAACAGUGGAGGCCAGGUGAAAGGGAGUUGAGAGCUAGGGGUGUAGAUUUGUGGUAUCCUGAUGAUCCUCCAAGGCACCCUGAAGUGGUCCGUCUGCUGAAACUGACUCCCGAUGAGAUGAUAAUCAACCACUGUACCGAACUGGGGGUCAGCGGGAUAUUCUCCUUGAUCUUGCGGAGGUUUCCGGUGCAAGUGAGACGCUGGGAGAGGCCCGAGUGGCAGAAGUUCCUCAUGAGCUACGGGCUCAGCAACCCGUAUCGGUACUUAUCGGUGUGCGCGGCUUGUGCUCCUGUCACUUCUCUAUUAUGCUUCUUUGCCACAACGACUUUGUUAAGAUUACUUUAAUUGUAUUCUUGUAAUA